AUGUCGGUGAAGGUAGCCGCCGAGUACGUGCCAAAACUGGUGGCGGUGAGGGAGUAUGAUGAAGAGAGAGAUAAGGUGGCGGUGGAAGAGCUGGAGAGGCGGUGUGAAGAAGGGCAGCAGGGGAAGCCUUCUCUUGUCACCGACCUAAUGGGUGAUCCCAUAUGCCGCGUCCGUCCCUUCCCAAUACACAUCAUGCUGGUUGCCGAGUAUGGAGAGGGAGAGGGAGAGAUUGUGGGGGUGAUAAGAGGGUGUGUAAAAACUGUGACACGUGGGAAUUCUGUUUAUGUAAAGUUGGCUUAUAUUCUGGGGCUACGGGUCUCCCCUAUGCACAGAAGGCUUGGAAUCGGCACAACACUGGUACAAAAAUUAGAAGAAUGGUGCAAGCAAAAGGGUGCGGAGUAUGCAUACAUGGCCACGGAUUGCACAAACGAGGCCUCCAUUAAUUUAUUUACCAUAAAAUGUUCGUACAAGAAAUUCCGCACGCCUACUAUGUUGGUGCAACCGGUCCACGCUCACUACAAACCAAUUGGCUCGGGUAUUGAGAUCGUCAAACUCACCCCACAACUUUCUGAGUCAAUUUAUCGUCGAAUCUUUGCAAACUCGGAGUUCUUCCCAGGAGACAUAGACAGCAUUUUACGCAACAAGCUCAAUUAUGGCACUUUCAUGGCUUUCCCGAAGAACUUUUCUUGGGAUCCAAACGCCGAAAUAAUAACUAAUCUUCCCCCAAGUUUCGCAAUCCUAAGCGUGUGGAACACAAAGGAAGUGUUCAAGUUGCAGGUGAAGGGCGUGUCGGCGUUGGCGUACGCCGGCUGCAUGGGUACGAGGUUGUUGGACGCGUGUUUGCCGUGGCUGAGGUUGCCGUCGUUUCCCGACGUCUUCCGACAAUUCGGGGUGCACGUUUUGUACGGGCUACACAUGGAAGGUCAACAUGCAUCGCGCCUCAUGAAAUCGCUAUGCGCCUUUGCGCAUAAUCUGGCUCGGGACGACGUCGGAUGUGGGGCCGUGGUGGCCGAGGUGGGACAGCGGGACCCGGUUCGAGAGGCGAUCCCACAUUGGAAGAGAUUCUCGUGGGCUGAAGAUAUGUGGUGCAUUAAGAGGCUUGGAGAUGAAAGUGAAAAAUGUGAGCCGUCUGAUUGGAUGAAUCGCCAAUCAUCCUCAUCCGUGAUUUUUGUUGAUCCACGUGAUUUCUGAUGACGACACCGUUUUGUUUUAGCUUGAUUGACUCACGUAUCAGUAUAGCUCGUGUUUUCUCAAAGAAAACAGAAGAUCAAGUGUCUUGUACCAUAUUGUCCAAUUCAAGG